AUGAAGAAGUUCUAUCCCGAUGAACAAAAAGUACAUAUGAUAGAUAUGACAGGCUAUGAUAGAGCAGCACAUCCAGAACCUUUGCCAACGAUGGCGUCAAAAACUGGUUUUAUUACGUAUUCCAGUCUCCACCAAGGUGUGAAGUUGCGAAAUGACGUGGUGGUCUAUAAUCAAACAUUUAAUUAUAACGGCACCGAAGAAGGCCAGCGUAUCCUAUGUCAAGCGUUGUUCGAUUGUUCGAUCGCAUAUUUAGUGUUAGAGUCAUCGGAGGCAAUUCCCGUGCUGCUGAGAGGAGGCGUCGGUUACAGGCACUUUAUGGCGAUCAUCAAAGCAAAACCGUACCGCGUUCUCAGAGGCAAUGUCCAGGUUUUCUGUCGGAAAAAGGAUGGGCGACGUUACGAAACAGGGGCCAGUGCCAGUGGUACGAAGAAGGUGGAACAUGAUGCAGCCACAAACGAUUUAGAUGUUGAUGUGAGGAGUAAUCCAGUGGAUCAACCUGUCGCUGCUACUUCAAAUAGUUCAAUUAAUAAUGUAGUAGCUACAAAAAUUGAGGGAAAUAGUACAUAA